AUGAACGGGCUCAAGUUGCCCGCAACCAACCGGGAGUGGCAGAACGCUAUAGGUCUACGCAAUCUCACGGACAAGACGGUGCAUGGAGCGGAGUUUGCUUCAGCCUCGCAAAUGGGGUAUGAUCAGUUCUUACUCCUACGAGUUUUAUGGAAGACGUAUGAAACAAAUCAACUGCAGAUAAAAUCCAUGUUUGGAAUGGCCGACUGGAUUAGCCGUGCUGACGAGAUGCUGGCUGGGCAUCGCUCCUGGAGGGCCUUCUGCGACGACUUCGCGCCAGGUGUGAUACCAGAAGGUGAUUUUUCCAUCGCUCGACUGUACCAGCUCGAGGUAGAAAAGACCAAAAGCCUAGCGACUGCUGAACAGUUGGCCACACCGAUAGUUCGCCGUACUCGCACCCGCCAAUUAGAAUCGCAGCUAGCCAAUCUCUACCUGGCGACGCCUUCAAAGAGGCCCAAGACCUUGUACGAUACACCUGUCGUUCAAGGGGCUCGUGAUGAUGAUGACUUAGCCCUUGAAGAUGAGCUGACCCCUUUGGAAUCUACCCCCUUUCAGCCAAUAAGUCCGGCUCCCAAGGAACUGGUGAAUAUUCUGUAUCCUCCUAGCAAGGAUGAACAAAUUGUGAAUACGGCCCUUGUGGUUUUUCUGAAUGCGCUCACGAUGCGCUUCAACCUUUCAUCGAGCUGGACGAUGCAUCGCAUAGCCUUAACUGCGGCAUUCAAAGACGCCCAGUUCGAGGCAAGAACAGACGGCUAUCUGGAUGAUUCCCGUGGAAAGCCCAGUGUUCUGAUUGAGGUAAAGCCUGUGUCACGAUCCACAAAGCAGGCCGCUAUCCAAAUUCAAGAGUCUGCACAGAUGGUCGCUUGGAUCAAAAGCAACGGUGAUUGGGCUGAGAGACGGAAGGUUCGCUUUCAUGUGUCCCAGGACAGACACGAGAUUUAUGUCACGGUUGCUGAGUACAACGACGACUAUCUGGCAUACCUGAAUAACCCGCUGCCCGCACGUAACGAAUCUACCGGCCAGAAAUUAAGUGGACAAGAGCCUCCCAAGCCACCCCUGUCAUUCCUGACAAUGCACCAGUUCGGCCCUUUCGACACGUUGCUUGCUUCUCAUAUCCGUGAGAUAGGGCCUAUCCUUCUGGCCAUUACUCUUCGAGCCGAAGCAGAAAACUCACAGGUAGUGUGA